ACCUAUUCGUCCUGGAUUAAACCAGGAAGCGGACGUUCUCUCAGAGCAACACGAAGCUAACAAAGCUAGCAGGUACCAGCAGCCUCCACAAACAAAACAACAGCCUUACCCACCGGGUUUCUCCGCUGACAGCUUGACGGUCUGAUGAACCGCCUUGUUUGGACUGGUUAAUGUUGAUGUGGAAGGGCAGGCUGUCCUCAUGCUGACCGGGCCGGUGCAAUUUGGAGGCGCUUCCUUCCUCCGGGCUGAAGAUGUCGGUGGGACUCGCUAGUUAACGCCUGAGCUCUUCACAACACUGCUGCUGCUUCACAAGUUGCCUGUUGUUGGACACUCAGCUCGGGGAGUGAUGAUGCACGGCGUGUCCCAGGAGCCGACACAGGGUACAGGGGGGGAUGGGGCGGAGCUGGUGCACACAUCAUCUAAAGAGACCCCCGGGUCCCCAGAUGCCUCUGAGUUGGGGAGCCCACGAUGCACACAAAACUUUGAUCUCUUCAACAUGGUAGUGUCCUAUAAGAGAAUGGCUCUGUUUCUAGAGCCAGUUGUUGAUGCAGUGGAGCUGACCCGCUUCCUGAUUGGAUGGAAGAUGCCUUUUUGCUCUCUGCUUGUCUGCGCUUUCCUCAAUGUCUUCUUCUGCACUGUUAAUGAAGUGGGUUGGUUCACAGUGGGUGUGAUGGCACUGUGUCUACCUGCUGCCCUGGGUUACCUGCAGGACAGGUGUGGGGGCAGAGCCUCAGACGAUGAGCUCCAGAGGAGGCGCUACCAUGCUGUGCACCGCCGAGACCUGCAGACAGUUCAUCUCACCAAGCAGGAGGCCAUGCUAGAAGUCAAAGACCUUUUGAAGCACCUGGAUGACAUGCUGUCCUCUGCCUGCCUAUCAGCAGAAGCAGUUUAUAAGGUCCUUUACUGGGAUAAUCACACCAAGUCAUCAAGGUUCUAUGGAGGGAUGUUAAUACUGGUGUGUCUGCUGUAUGCUGUCCCUGUGGGCUGGGUGCUUGCUGGGCUCAACAGCGCCAUCUUCCUCUGGAACAAAGACUUUUGUAGAGUUUUGUUGGACCUAUGGAAGCUGUUCCAUGUGGGCCAGACGCAGGCCUCAGAGGGAGUGUGUGAAGAGCAGGAGCAGGGCAACUUGUUGGACAGGACCCCCACACCAACAAGUCUGGAGGACCUGUCUCCUGGCAGUGUGGAGGAAGCUGAGGAGGCAGAGCCUGAUGACGAAUUCAAGGAUGCCAUUGAGGAGACAUCAAUGUCCCUGCAGGUAAAAGGCAUGAAGCUUCGCUGGCCUCACGAUUUGAUUCGGAUACACCUUUCAUCGAUUCGAAUGCGCAGUGAUUCUCGAUGCAGCCUCAAUGAGGAUGACGAUGGGCCUCUCGGCGCACCCGAGUAUGACACCAUCUCUGAAAAUGGACUCUUGAGCCGAAACGAACCAAUCCGCAGCAAGGUGUCCAAACUGACAGAGAAACUGCGUAAGCGCUACCCCACCACCAGCACAGGCAACUGCUCCAGCUGCAAUGCCGUCUUCUCAGUGCUGAAGAAAAGGAGGAACUGCAGUAACUGUGGCAACAGCUUCUGUUCCCGCUGUUGCUCCUUUAAAGUGCUGAGAUCUUGCAUGGGGGCAACAGCUCCAGAGGCCCAGAGGGAGACUGUGUUUGUUUGUGCUGCCUGUAAUUCCUCUCUCAUCAAGUUACAGUGAGGUGGCAGGCCACUCUUGUUUUCCAGUGGUCAGCUGGAGGUCACUCACUGUUCGGCCCUGAGCCCUGCUCCCACGUUACUGAAACCCUAACACAUGCCUUGUUUUUCAAGACAAGCACCUCUAUCUGUCAGGACACCUCGAGAACCUUUCCCAUGUCUCACGUCUCAGUCGCUUCCCUCCGUGGCUACUUGUGUUGCUUCUGGGACUUUUACUGUAAUCUGUUACAUAUUUGAAGAACUGGACCUUAUGAAUCCAUGAGACUUUCUACAGAGCACAAUAGCUCAAAAAUCAAAGGACCUCUUCCCUUUGCUGAGCAGAGGGAGGUGUGAAGUGUGCAGGGUGGAGGCCAGGAUUUCACUUGAAUGUUGCCAUCUUCAGCCCUGUGUAGCAGUUUAACUGUACUGUAAUGCUGAGAGGACUUUUCUGUACGAACAAGGCCAGAACUGUAUAGAUCUGGUGCGUUUUCAUAUCGUUGAUGAAUGCGAUUGUGUGAGCAAAGGCUGCCAGUGUGAAUUUAGCUUGUUCAGAUGAACAAAAUAAUGGAUGUAAGGCCAAAAUGAAGAAGCUCUGAUUGCCACAAUGUGCACAGGCAAGUUUGUAAACGGGCAUUUGUAAACUCAGAUUAGAACUCAAAAACUUGAGGUUUCCUAUUUUAAAUGCUGUUCCCAACAGCUAGUGGACCUACCAAGACAUAAGGGGAGCAGACUUGACAUGCUAUAACAAUGAUAACUUUAAGGCAGUGAAUGGAAAAAUGCAUGGUCUGCAAUUUAUCACAUCACGGUUUUGUCAAGUUGCCAGUGACGUUGUUCUGGAGGGCGGGUGAAUGAGGCUUUGUCAACAUUUGGACAAGUUUGCUUACCGGCUCGGCGUACUUGUAACGAUCAAAUUGGAUCAUUUUUGUCAUAAUUUUUCCCGUUCCGUUUUUUUUAGAGCAUAUCAGCAAAUUGGAAGUCAAAAAAGCUACCGCGCUUUUCCUCUAACUGGAUCAAAGUCGACCCAACUGGAUUAAAGAUGUUUGAAUGGACCGAGCAGCCAGCUGAAGUUGUCAUCAGAGCCUCACACUCUUGCAAGCGGGACUUAAAAGAAUUGUUGUUGAGGCAUUAUAAGCCAAAGUGUGGCUCUUUGUGGAGAAAUUGUUUCAAUCAUGAUUCAGACACAGACGAUUGUAAUUGUUUGCUUUGCUUUUAUUGUAAUCAUAUACAAAAACUGUCACCAUGAAUUGUUCUAUUAUAUCUAAUAUAUUUAAUUUAAAACUCCAGAAAGUGCAAGUUAUUGUUUGACCUAAUAAUUCAUUCUGUAUAUAUUGCCCUUACUUUAUGGAUGAAAUAUGCCAUUAUUGAAAUAAACUCUGUGAUGAUUUGAUUGACUUUAA